AGAAAGCCUACGUGUUAAAAUGUGUAUCCCAUGUCCUUUUCGAUGGCUUGUUCCGCGCGUGCAAUGCACUGUUGUAACGAGGAUGCAUUCGCGGUUGGCGCGUGGUCAGGUACUUCUCAACCGUGCUGGGCAACCGGUUUGAUCAUUGUGCCGAGACUCUCAUGCCCACGCUCUUCAACCUGGUGCCCAACAGCGCCAAGGUCAUGGCGACCUCAGGGGUGGCUGCCAUCCGCCUCAUCAUACGCCACACGCACACGGCGCGGCUCAUCCCACUCAUCACCAGCAACUGUUCUUCCAAGUCUGUGGCCGUUCGACGGAGAUGUUUUGAGUUCAUGGACCUGUUGCUACAAGUCUGGCAGAUCAGCUCACUUGAGCGGCACGUCACGGUGCUGUCGGACACCAUAAAGAAGGGCAUGCACGACGCGGAUGCUGAUGCCAGGGCGGAGGCCAGGAAGGCGUACUGGGGCUUCCGGUCGCACUUCCCCUCCGAGUCCGACGCCCUCUACGCGGCGCUGGAGCCCAAGUACCAGAAGUUGCUGAGCGGCACGCAGCUGCACAGCUCCUCCAACUCUCACUUCGACCGCUCCGCGUCGAGCUCGCAGGAGAGCCUCACGAGGGUGGUGAUGCCCAAGCGCGUCCCCGUUCGACAAGCCGACGUCUCGGCACCACGAGCCGGAGCGUCUGUGGCGAGGCGGCGGUCGUCAGCGGUGGCCGCGGCGGCGACGCCGGGGUCCGGCCUGCACCGCUCGCGCAGCGACAUGGACGUGAACGCCGCCACCUGCGCCUCGUCGCGCAAGACCUUCGCGGUGCCGGCGCCCGUCUCCUCCGCCACGCUGGGCCGCGUGCGGUCGCGACCUUCGACCUGCGGGAUCAUGAGCAGCCCGGUGACCCCCACGGACGCGCGGGGGCGGACGCGCGCCAAGGUGUCCCAGUCACAGCCCGGGAGCCGGUGCGGGUCGCCGGGCCGCGUCACCGGCGCCGCUCGGAGCGUCGCGGGCGCCGUGCCGGGCGGAGUGGCGCAGCGCGUGCCCGUGGUGCCGUCGCCGGGCGUGGCGCGCAAGCAGCACCGCGUGCCGCGCAGCCAGGGCGGCAGUCGCGACAGCAGCCCCUCUCGCUCCCUGCGCCUGUCACGCGGGAGCCGUAUCCCACGACCGAGCAUGAGCCAGGGCUGCAGUCGGGACAACAGCCGGGACGCCAGCCCCGUGCGGGGAUUCUCUGCGCUUGUGUCUCAACGGCACUCUCACUCCACCAGCUCCCUCUUCCCCUCCGACUCACUGCGCAAAACAGUGGCUGACCGGUUUGGGUUGGAUCAGGCAGCCUACCUUCCGCCCUCCCUGCACGCCAUGCGGGUCCUCAACACCAGCCCUGAGAUCGAAGCUGCCUUUGCGGACGCCCUGCUGUUCAGAGUGUCCAUCAGAAAGCAGCGGAAGCCGGUGCGGAAGCGCUACGACUACGGCCUCGGCUCGGACGACGACGCCAACAGCGAGACGUCGAGCAUGUGCUCGGAUCGCUCGUACAGCUCGCGCGGCGGCGGCGGCGGCGGCGGCAUGGGCGGCGUGGGCGGCGUGGGCAUGGUGCUGGGUGCCCGCCCGGCGGAGGACGUGGCCGAGGUGCUGAACCACUGCGCUAGCCCCAACUGGGCGGAGCGCAAGGAGGGACUCAUGGGCCUGCAGAACAUCCUCAAGAGCCAGCGGCCACUCAGUCGAGUCGAGAUGAAGAGGCUUUGCGAAAUAUUCUCCAGGAUGUUCUCAGAUCCUCACAGCAAGAGAGUGUUCAGCCUGUUUGUGGAGACCCUGGUGGAGUUCGUGGCGGUCCACCACAACGAGCUGCACGAGUGGCUCUCCGUGCUGCUCACCCAGCUGCUGAAGAAGACGGGGGCCGACCUGCUCGUCUCCGUGCACGCCAAGCUGCAGAAGGCCCUCGACACGACGCGGACCUUGUUUCCUUUUGACCAGCAGUUCAGCAUCUUGAUGCGGUUCAUCGUGGAUCACGCACAGACCCCGAGCCUCAAGGUCAAGAUCGCCAUCCUGAAGUACAUCGAGAGCCUGUCGCGGCAGAUGGACCCCACGGACUUUGUGAACUCGAGCGAGGCGCGGCUCGCCAUGUCUCGCAUCAUCACCUGGACCACGGAGCCCAAGAGCUCCGACAUCAGGAAGGCGGCGCAGGCGGUGCUCAUCUCUCUGUUUGAGCUGAACACGGCCGAGUUCACCAUGCUGCUCGGCGCACUCCCCAAGACCUUCCAGGCCGCCGCCACCAAGCUGCUGAACUCGCACAUCCGUGCCGCCGGCAUGUCCCCUUCGCAGGGGUGGGCGAGCGGAGUGGCGCAUCGCCCCUCGUCGCAGUCCAGCACAGGGCGGACGCGGCCGCUGACGUCUCCAGGGAGCGCGUCGUCCCAGGAUUCGUUGUCCCUUGGACGCCCCUGGGGUUGGGGUGCGGCCAAUGGGCUGGUAAAGCAUGCCCCCACCCCCGGCCAAACGCCCUCCAACCCUUCCCCCAGCACCCCCUCUUACAGCUGUGGCUUUCGACGAAAUUCCACGCCCAGUGCACCUGAUUACGACACGGAGAACAUGAACUCCGACGACAUCUACAGCUCGCUGCGCGGUGUCACGGAGGCCAUCCAGAAUUUUCGCUUCCGCAGCCAGGAGGACGCCACUGAACCCAUCAAACGAGACGGUGGCGGCACUCUCUCCCGCGACGGGCGACUGUCCUCGUCGUCCUCCUCCGCGCCGGCGCCGGCCGUGUGCUCGAGCGAGCCGCAGCGCAUCCCCCACCACCACCACCACCACCACAACCAGCUCCACCACAACCACGGUCCGGACGGCACGGACGGCGGCGGCCGCCCGGCGCUCGACAACAAGACGUCGCUGCUCAACACCCCGUCGCAGCACGGCCUGCUGACGAGCUCCCGCAACCACGUGCCUGGCGGAUCCCCCGCCACGUUCAACAAAUCCGCCCUGCGAGAGGCCAUCUUCGACGACGACAUCGAGCAAUUUCAGGAUGACAUCCCGCUGGACCACGGGGACAAGGUUGCCGAGCUUCUGCGGGAGCUGUCGGAGUGCGGCGAGUGCGUGGAGGAGCGCCAGGCGGCCCUGCUCGAGCUGCUCAAGGUCACGCGCGAAAACGUCAUGGGGCUCUGGGACGACCACUUCAAGACCGUGCUGCUGCUCCUCCUGGAAGCUCUCGUGGACAGCGAGCCGUCCAUCCGCGCGCUGUCUCUCCGAGUGCUGCGUGAAAUCCUGAGGACGCAGCCAUCGCGCUUCAAGAACUACGCCGAGCUCACCAUCAUGAAGAUCCUGGACGCUCACCGUGACCCGCAGAAGGAGGUGCUGCGGGCGGCAGAGGAGGCGGCCACGGCGCUGGUGUGCUCCAUCUCACCCGAGCAGAGCGUCAAGGUGCUGAGCCCCGUGGUCCAGACGGCCGACUUCCCGAUCAACCUGGCGGCGAUCAAGAUGCUCACGCGCGCCUCCGAGCGCAUCUCGCGCGCCGCCCUCGUGCAGCUGCUGCCCGACGUCAUCCCCGGCCUCCUCCAGGGCUACGACAAUGCGGAGAGCAGCGUGCGCAAGGCGAGUGUCUUCUGCCUGGUGGCGGUGCACGCCGUCGUCGGCGACGAGCUGAAGCCUUACCUGGGCUCGCUCACGGGGAGCAAGAUGAAGCUGCUCAACCUGUACAUCAAGCGAGCCGCGCAGAACAGCAGUGCCGAGUGCGACAACCCGAUGCUCAGCUGAAGCUUCCCGCGACCGAGAAGCCUUUCCCCGGGGGCCGCGAUGUGUUGUCUGUUAACCCGUGGUUGGCGCCACCCCCACCGCCGUCACCGAUGGCAAAUGCGCGACCGUACGGGAGACGCCGUUAGCCCCUUGAUUGCCCACGAGUCAAGUGACCGUGACGUCUCGAGUGACAAUCUGUAAAAAAAAGAAAAAGUUGCAAAAAGUGUAAAAGCAAAGAGCCUGCCACGUAUACACAGGUUCGUUUCUAGCAGCGUGUGUCAGCCAGUGUGUGUGUGUGUGUAGGGGGCCUCGCUCCGGAUCGGUCGACCCAUGGCACCUGGGUCUAUCCCAUGACCUCGUGCCAGCGAGCCUUCGACACUUCACGUGGCCUCACAGUGCAGUUGCGCCAAACCUGGCACAAGCGCCGUGGCGAUGUCACCGGCACUUAAUGGCGAAUGGCGGCUGCUGUUGUGUGUUCACGCGUGAUUUUUUUUUAUUACAAGGUAGAGACAUUUCUGUACAGUAGCGGAUAUUCUGAUAGACAGGAUAGCCAUGUGGGGUGGGCGGGUGGUCUGACAGCCACAAUUGAAACUUACCAAAUAAUAGGAAUUAUAGUGCUUUUCACCCCCUGUAUGAGCAACGGAAGACCAUGUUGGUUGGAGCCCUUGUAAUGUUCACAAUGCAAGACGCACCCUAACGCAUUGCAUUCAACACCGCUCCUGUGCCCGACAGCUGAGUGCCUGCGAUUAUUAUUCACAUAGGCCGCGUGGCAAUAUUGUCCAUAGCCCUUUCAGCGGAAGACGCGGUCUGGUUGACGGGACAGCUCUUAUCUCGUAGGUGCAUACCUAGGUUGUGUCACACGUUCUCCGGGGCAAGUUUGAAGCUUUGUAAAUUAGAAAAGAAAAAAAAAGAAAAAGACUUUGAAGUCACAUUCAUAGCUUGUCGUUGCGUCGACGCAGUAUUAAACCGUAUGGAGGCGACAUCACCAGAGUGUCAUAAUCGCGUGCUUUUACUGUCUAACGGGGUCGUUAAAAAGUCCACGCUACGAUUAACAAAGCUUCCAGAUCAAGUCCGGAUAGCUCAGGACACGGCCUAGGUUCUUAGGAUGCGUUCCCUAUUUUGGGAGAAUAAUAAAAAUGAACAUUGCUCUUUGUUGCGUCUGAAACUGUGAUGCCACAUGAUGUCACUUGCGCGCUUUUUCGCGAAAAGUGCCAUCAUGUGACAUCAUUUUGAUGGUAACGUGGCGUCACUGGCUUAAAGCCGUGAAAGUGUAAAAGGAAAUAGCUUCGAUUAAAAUGGUUUUACGGAUGGAAAUUCAUUGGUUCAUGUUUAGAAUUAUUACAUUGUUAAAUACAAAUCUGUACAUUUAGCUGAUUAACAAUUUGACGCCUUAAACCCCCCCCCCCCCCCCCCCCCAAUACAUUGAAAUACGAAAUCGGGCUUCAAACUCCGGAGCAAAUUGAAUCCGAACUUCGUCCCUGGCAGUUAAUUCGCCGUAAUAAUUUCGUUUGUUGACCCGGGAAAGCCUCGCCGAACCCCGUGACUUUUUUUGUUUCAGGAGAAACCUUGCCAGGUUCCUGAAGGGGGAGUGGGUGGGGUGGGGUGUGGCGAUUCCUGCACGUAGUCCCCAUUGAGUAACUUGCCGUGUAACCUCUCGCAACGUGCGGACCGGCACGCACGACAGCCUAGGCCCUCGGAGCGAUCACCAACGUCCGCGCAUGCGUCGAGCUGCUUUUGCGCGCCUUACUUAGCCAACCGACCGUGCUAAACGGAGUGCGCGCUGGGGGGUUGGGGGGGAAACGUAUUUUUUUGCCUGCUGCGCGCAAGCAAAAAUAACCGCGGACGUAACUGGGGCGUCCGCUGGGAUUCGAAGAGCCGCGAACCUCUGCCAAUAACAAGGCGGUGACUGGCCGUGUCACUGUCCCCCCGCCCCCACAGCGACGCAUCUACGGGAUAAGAGCCGUGCGUGCGCGCGCGUUUUAUUUCACGUGCGGCACCUUCCCGUAAUCGCUCGCCGCGCGCCGUUGCCUGGCCGCUGUGCCUGCUGACCAUUGUACAUAGACGUUAAUCAUUGCUUUGCUUCACCGCACAUCGGCAGCAAGGGACGCGUGCGCGGUGCUCUGUCGUGUACAUAGAGCUGUGUCGUUUUCAGCUGUUACAUGUACAUAACUACGAGUGGUUCGGAGUGAACUGGUGAGGCCCCCGUAUUCACCGUUAACUCUGUAUGGCAGCAGAGGUGUAACGAUUCGUCGAUUUAAUGUGAAUUCUUAACGCUCGCGACACGCGUGCCCGAUCGCGUGGCGGUUAAGCAUUCACGCGUCACUAUUUGUGUCGCAUCAUAAUAAUUACGCUUGCUGAUCCGGGGAAGGGCUCGCCGAGUCUCAAGUGUCUUUUUUUUUCAGGAGGGUCCUGCCGAGGUUUCGCAGUCGGCGAUGACGACACGUUUCCCAGCGAAUUUAAUUUGUGGUUAAUAUGGCAAAUUUCUUGGAACCAUGACGCCGGCAGGCAACGGCCCAACUCUUGUGAGUGAUGUCACGGGAUACCCUAACGUCCCUCCGUGAGCGAAGCGAGCCGACGGCGCGCAUCUUUUUUUAAAGAUUAGUACGAUCGCAGUAUUAACCAGGGCGGCCUGCUGGAGUCGAACUACAAGCCUCUGUGGCAAGGAGUGGACACGCUACAGCCGGGCCAUGUGGACUACCCCCUCUGUAUUUUGUAUUUAAUAGAUUAACGUGACGGCUGCAAUCACCGGAGGCCACUACAUUCACCAGACUUUAGAACUGAAACAAAACAUUUUUAAAAACUAAACUGAAACCCUGAACCGCGGCGAUUCAUAGAACCGCCGGGGUGGGUGAAUCGUUAACACUUCCAUGAGGGGUGGGACUUGAGAGCAACACAGUCAUUGUUUCAGGGUAACAUUUGAUCGCAGGUUUUGUUGACAGCUAAAGAACACGACAAAUCGCGCGUAGAGUUAGGGGGUUUGUUUUUUUUUCCCCCGCGUUGUGCGCGUAGAGGCUUCUCAUCAUCGUCGUCUUUCCGCUCGGAGGAACGGACGCGCGCGUUGUGCGCGCGACGGUUCCGAUCGGCGUGCGAGCGCCUCAAGCUUCGCGACGAAUCGUCUGUUCCCGCCGCCGCGGUUUUAUAACGACGGGGAUGGGGUUCUUGCGACCCGGUGACGCGUUUUGCAGAGCACAAGGGGCGUCCGCUCCCCCGCACGCCCCCCAGCACCACGCGCCCGUACCCCCACGUCACCACGAGUGCCGAUGUGUGAAGCAAGCGGUUUCAAUUCUAACCCCCGCCCCGCCCCGCCGAACAAAUGUGGUCAUUCCGAAGAGUCGUGAAAACUGCCUUUUUGAGAUUUGCGAAUGCUCCGAAAUAAGAAGAAUAGUUAUGGGGGGGGGGGGGGGGGGGGGGGGGGGGGGGUGCGGGAGCAAGGGGCUAGGAUGUUGAAAGAAAAAGAAAUGAUAAGCAAUGAUCCUAAUGUGAAGCAUCGCGAUGAUUUUGAACGCAGAGAUGGUGGGGUGGGGUGGGGUGGGGGGGGAUCAUCCGUUUUUAUAUUAGAUAUUACAUGGGAAUCAUUUAUAGAUAAUUUUAAGAAGAGUGAUAUUCGUGUAAAGCUUUUGUAAAAUUGGAAUUCGUAUAUAUAUACACGUAUGGUCAUUUACAACAUUUUUAGAAUGGCAUUUUAACAAAAAAAAUAUUCACACCGACCACCUAAUUCACAUUUUUACCCCACCAUGCACCCCACCCUCCCCCUCCCCCCCCCCCCGUGUGUACAAGAAAUGUAAUGUUUGAUAACCUAAACUCGCGUCUACUUACCCUCAACCCUAUUCCGCAACGCUAGUGAGCAUUCCACCGCGGGUUUAACCACAGGUAGGCAGGCACGCACCGCGCGCUUGACCACAGCCUUCUUUAGAGCUGUAUAUCGUCAUUCCGCGACCUCGCCCAACGGGACCACCGAGAACGCACGCGGAGUGAAGAGGUCAAAAAUUCGGACAUUGGGCUCCCCCCCCCCCCCCAAGGGAGGGGCUCAUUACGGG